GAAAGUCUGAGGAAGAUCUUCUAGAGAAUCAAAAAUGGGUUUUCCACUUCGUGUUGGUCAGAGUUUUGUCUUGGCAGCGAAGAAUUCUAUCUGUCAUUUUCGUGUUCAACCGUGUUUAUGGCAAAUGGAUCGAUUAAUCCAUACAGGAACAGAAGAACAAAAGAGCAGUCAAGUUGUCAGCACAGUCUGUGAUUCGUUAAGGAGAGGUUUGAAUUGGGAUACUUUGAGCAAGAAGUUCGAUUCAAUUGAAUUGAACUGUUCAAUUGUCGAGAAAGUAUUGCUGGAAUUGAAGGAGCCAACCGAAGCAAAACGGGCUCUGAAUUUCUUCCAUUGGUCUGCUCGAAGGAAGAAUUUCAAGCAUGGGAUGCACGCAUACUGCAUUACAGUUCAAAUUUUGGUUCGAGCCUCGAUGCUUGUCGAUGCACAAGCUCUGUUAGAAUCAAUUGUUAGAAAGAAUACAGAAGAUGGCUUGUCGGGAUUUCAGAUUGUAGAGUCUCUUCUUGCUACUUAUCAGAUUACUCAUUCUGGUCCAUUCCUGUUUGAUUUCCUGAUUCAAACUUAUUCCAGAUUGAGGAUGUUUGAAACGGCUUUUGAGGUUUGCCGCUACUUGGAAGAAAAGGGAUUUUCAAUCAGUCUUAUAAGUUUCAACACUUUGAUCCAUGUUGUCCAAAGAUCUGAUCGAACCCCAUUGGUAUGGGACAUUUAUGAAUACAUGAUUAGAAAGAGAACAUACCCAAAUGAAACUACAUUCAAGAUACUGAUUAGUGCACUCUGCAAAGAAGGGGAGCUGUCAAAGUUUUUAGAAAUUUUGGAUAGAAUCCAUGGGAAGGGAUGCCAUCCUGCGGUGAUUGUUAAUACCUCUCUUGUCUAUAGGAUUUUUGAAUCGGGAAGAAUUGAAGAAGGAAUCUUGCUACUGAAGAGGAUGUUGCAGAAAAACAUGAUCCUUGAUGACAUAGCUUACUCUUUGAUUAUAUAUGCAAAGUGGAAAAUGGGAAAUCUGAAAUCUAUACAGGACCCAUUUGAGGAAAUGCUCAAGAGGGGUUUCCGUGUAAAUCCUUUCCUUUAUACUUUGCUCAUAGGUGCUCACUGCAAGGAGGGAAUGAUUGACAAAGCAGCACAGCUGAUGCAAGAAAUGGAAACUAUAGGGGUGAAGCCAUACAAUGAGACUUUUGAUUUCCUCAUCCAAGGAUGUACGAAAGCAGGCAAAAUGGAGGAAAGUUUAAGAUUCUGUCAAGAUAUGAUAAAGGGAGGAUUCUUACCUAGUCUUGUUGCCUUCAAUGAAAUGGUGGAAAAGCUCUGUCAAACAGGGAAUGUGAAUCAGGCAAAUGCGAUCUUGACUGUUGUGUUAAAUAGAGGCUUUCUUCCUGAUGAGGUCACAUAUUCUCAUCUUAUUGAUGGGUUUGGCAAACAGGGUAAAUUCCAAGAAGUUCUCAAGUUGUAUUAUGAGAUGGAAUACAGAGCCCUGUCUCCUGGUUUAAAUGCUUAUGCUUCUUUGAUUAGAAGCCUAUGCCAAUGCGGAAAGUUGACAGAAGCAGAGAAGUAUUUGGCUGUUAUGGAUGGCAGGUCAUUGAUCCCAACUGUCUAUAUGUUUGAAACAGUAAUAAGUGGCUACUGUGAGAAGGGUGACAUAAAAAGGGCUCUUCACCUUUACAAUGAGAUGCUAAGGAAAGAUUUGAAGCCUAAUAAUCAUAUUUCUAGGGUGUUAGACAGAAAAAAUUAGUAAUGCUAGUGCCAUAGAGAAAGGCAAACAUGGCAUUGGA